GUCAGCUACCAUAUUUACUUCCUCUGCCACCUCCCCUUCCUCCUCUUUCUUCUUACUCUCUAUAGGGAGUCUCUCUCACUAAUCUCUUUCUUACUUUGCAUUGUUUUUAUCACUCCCUGCUUCUUCAUCUUCCUCUUUCUCUCUUCACUGCAUGUUUUGUCUCUUUACUAAAACCAUUCUCUCUGGUCUUUAUACUACCAGAGAAGAUCAUCUCUAGCGACAAUGGCUUCUACUUCAGGCAGUGUCGGUGGAGAAGUAACUGGUGAAACAGGUUCGCCUCUUGCUAAGCCAUCUCUACCGCCGCCUCGUCCGAAGUCUCCGCCGGAGUAUCCAGAUUUGUACGGGAAACGCAGAGAGGCGGCCAGAGUUCAGAUGCUAGAGAGAGAGAUUGGUUAUCUCGAGGGAGAAAUUAAAUUCAUCGAAGGCGUACAGCCAGCUUCUAGAUGCUGCAAAGAGGUCUCUGAUUUUGUCGUUGCAAAUUCUGAUCCAUUGAUCCCUGCACAACGAAAGAAUCGAAGACACUGCCGGUUCUGGAAGUGGCUCUGUAGCUGUGUUCCGUGUUUGAGCUUAGCGAGUUUCUGCUGCUGCUGCCAAUCCGAAUGUUCGUGCCAUCUAAGGAAGCCCAAGUGCUGCAACUGCACAAGUUGCUGCUGCGUUGGGUCCAAAUGCUGUGACGGGUCAUGCUGCUCAAAUAUCUGUUGUUGCCCGAAACCGAGCUGCCCGAGCUGUUCAUGCUUCCGAGGUUGCUGUUGUUCUUGUCCAGACUUGGCAUGCUGCAUACCCACCUGUUUCCGCAGUUGCUCUCGACCGUCGUGUCUCAACAAGAAGAAGAGCUCAUGUUGCAGCUGCAACUGCAAGAUCAGAUGGUCAUCUUGUUGUAGAUGUCCCAACGUACGCCUUUGUUGUUGUUUUUGCAAUUGUAAAAAUCUAUGUUCUAAUCCUUGUUGUUUAACUUUCUAGACUUUGAUUAUUAUUAUUAUUGUUAUAGCUAUAUUCUCAUAUAAGUCAUAUUUUUGUUCA